UCACAGGCCAUGGCUGUGGCAGUUGUGUUCCUGGUGGCCGCGCUGGCUGCGCUGCCCAGGCUGAUGCACGACCCGCAGGCCGACGUGGCCAUGGCACAAGAGAUGCAGCAGCGCAAGGAGUUCCUUCAUCAGGAGAUGACACGGCUGUGGCAGGAGGUUGAGCAGAUGAGAUCCCUGCAAGGAGCUCUUGUCCAUUAUGUGUUUAAGAACUGGAUGUUUUGGGCCACUGCAGUGGCCAUGCUGGCAGAGGUUGGCUGGCUGGCCUGGCAAAAGAAGCUUGCCUCCAGCAGCAAAGAUGAUAAAAAGGGGAAACAAAACCUCAACAGAACAUGCAGUGGUGCCAGGCUUUUGGCUGAAUCCACUCCAUUACCAGUGCAGGAGCUGCCUGACCCAUGCAGGAAUCUGAAGCAGCUGGUGUAUGACCUCCUGUAUAUCAGCCGAGAGUUUUCCAGGAGGACUUUCAUGCCACAGAUUUACCCAGACAGAGGAAUGGAUGGCAGCCACGAAUCCUGGAGUAUCUUCAAGAAUAGAACCUUCUACCAGCUGCUCGUGUUCCUGCGGCCACCGCCUGGUCACUCUUUCAUCCUGGAGCACGGUACUAUGAGGCAGCAUCCGGAAAGGUGCUCUGACAUCCGUGUGGUGCUGGAGUGCACGUGCUCCAUGGAGCCUGAGAUGGGAUAUUCCUUGUGUUUUGUCCAUCGCCGGGGCAAGGAGCUGCUGCGAGGUCACAAAUCACUGGUCCUAGAAACCCUCUGCACAGACUUCUAUUUAAACAUGGAGCAAAUCUCCUCCUGGGUGCAAAACCUGCUGUGUGCAGCCUGGCUGCGGUUGCCUCAGUGGCCGCGCUGGCGUCUGACGCCACUGUCCUGCUCCUGCUCCUGCAAGUUCCUGGUGAGCAGCCCCUCUGAGGAGCAGAGCUGCACUGAGAUAUUCUUUGCAGUGCAUGAAGGCAGAACAGGCAGCUUCGUAGUCCUGGAGAAGGCAGCAGCUUCCCCAUGGAUCAUCUCAAGUGCCACCAUGCCGCUCGUACGGGACAAGCCUCUUUCGCAGCAUGGGCUUGGGAAAGACAGGUCCUGUUGGCCACCCUGAUGGUCUGUGACAGGGUUCCUCACGUGAGGAAGUGAGGAAAGGCUGUGGAUCUGGUCUGCUCAAAUUCUAAAGGAGCAAAAUUUAAGAUUUUUUUUUUCCUUUUGACAAAGGCAAGAAUUUUAGUGUUUUUAUGGAAUGUUUAAUAGAACAUUUUAUGGAAUAUUUCUGUUGCACAAUAGCAGUUUAUAACU